AUGCAGUCGGUUCGCGGGUCGAUGCCCGCUGUCGUCGCGGCCCGUGGCAAGGCGUGCCGGGCCGCGGUUGCGCCUGCUGCGCACGCCAUCGCCAGGCCCUCCCGCCCGGCUGGCGCGUCCUCGCAAGACCGCGCCGUCUCGCCUCGCUCCGUCGUGGUCGCGGCCAAGCGCCCCGAGCUCGGCGAGACCCCCCCCGGCGAGGUGGACAAGUUCUACGAGUGCGAGCUGGUGAAGCCGAUGGGCAUCAAGUUCGCGCGCGGCAACGACGGCGGGUGCUACAUCCUCGACAUCAACCCGGCCGCGGGCGACUGCGACGAGCGGAUGCAGCCGGGCGACAAGAUCGUGAAGAUCUCGGCGUCCUUCGGCGCGGACGUGUGGGACGCCAUCAACUACGGGCAGGUGAUGUACGCCAUGAAGACGCGUAACGGCAACGUGUACAUGAAGGUCGAGAAGCGCUUCGGCGACAUGUCGGCGCUCGAGGAGGAGGAGCUCACGGAGGCGGAGCGGCAGUUCCGCGCGGAGCGCUCGGGCGGCAACUACGGCGCGGGCACGCAGGAGAUUCAGCAGCAGCGGUACAUUGCCAGCAAGGAGCAGGAGCGGAAGCGCAAGGAGCUGUUCGACGACGGCCUGGGCAAGUUCCGCGCGAACAAGCCGGAGGAGGCCAUCAUCGACUUCGAGAACGUCAUCUCGCUCGAGCCCAAGAACUACCUGGGCGACGACUUCUCGCGGGUGACCAAGAUCUACCGCGUGACGCAGUACAACAUCGCGUGCUGCUACAGCGCGCUCGAGCAGGAGCAGGCGGGCCUCGAGGCGCUCAACGCGUGCAUGGGCGCCGGGUUCGACGACUUCGCCAAGAUCCGCUCGGACCCCAACCUGGCGUGGCUGCGCGAGAGCCCCAAGUUCGUGCCGCUGCUCGAGCGCUACGACGAGCCGAUCCUGAACCGGGAGGCCGUCGACGCGAUCAAGAGCUUCUUCUCCUUCGGCAAGAAGUGA